AUGAUUUAUAGGUUCAAUGAUAAAAUCUCUCCUAUCACUUUUUCGUAUUAAUUACAUCAGAAAUUUUAAUUAAAAAUGUAAAUAAAAAUAAAAAAAACUAAAUUAAGUGACUAUUUUUUUAAAUUUAAAUAUUAUUAGCAGAGAGAUAGAGCUCAUCUUUAGCUUAAUAGAAAGAAAAUAUUAUUUAUCAAUUAGCUAUAAAAUUAAAUGAAACAGAAAUAGAUUGAUUAUUCUUAGCAUAGUUUUUUAAUGCUCAUCCCUAAAAUAACCAUUAAAUUCUAUGUUAAUGAAUUAUACGGAGUGGUUAACAGCUUUAAAGUUGGAGAAAUUUUAGGAGCUUUUUUAAUUGUUUUCAGGAACUUUGAGUUAACUUUUUUCGGAUUGUUAGGUGAGAGGCUCGAUAAACUUUCUAAUGUAGAUUAAAAUCUUUCAUUUUUAUCUCAAAAAUAAAACUUUUUUACAUUUUUUACUGACUCCACAAGCGUCCAAGGAAUAGUUAUUUUUCUCUUAAUUGUUAAUUUAGGAAUAUUAUUAGUACUAAUAAGCAUCUAUAUAUACUAUAUAUUUAAGAUGCUCAAAAAAGAGCAUAAAUCAAUUAAAUUAGAUUAGACGAAGGAUAAAAAAGGAUCUUAGUAUGAUAAUAUUGAUGAUACAUCUUUAGAUCUAUAAAUUUCAACGCUCUACACUUCAUAAUAAAAAAUAAAUUUUACAAAAUAUAACUCUUUAAAAGUAAUAUUUUCUAUAAUAUUACUAGUAAACUACCAUAUACUAUUAGUACCCACUAUCUAUUUGUCAUUCAACGACUUGAGUAAUCCUCUCCUAAUUAUUUGCUUUAUCAUAUCAGCUAUUUUAGGAUUAUUAGUGUGUGACUGUGAUUUUGAUUAUUCUGUUUCAAGCAAUAAUUUUUUAGGAAAAAGUUUCAGUCUUUGGUAAUAUCUAAUGCUAAUUAUUGAAGUUAUAUGCGUUGUUGUUUUUAGUCUGAAUAAUCAAGGAAAUUUUACUAUCUUGGUUUGUCUCUUUUUAAUAAAAUUUAUCUAUUACUAUUUGAUCAAUCCGUAUUACUCAUAAUAAGCAAAAUAAUUGAGUUUGUUUUGCUCUAUUUACUUUUUUAUGCUAAAUUUUCUCAUCUUGUUUUGCUUAGAAUACAACAUAUUUGAAGGAUUAGAAUGCUUUUUGAUGUUUUUUUUCAUUCCUUUCUCAUGGAAAUUAUCUAAAAUGAUUUGCCAUUACUUAAAUGAACAAAUAAAAAAUAAAUUUUAAGCACUUUCUUCUAAAGAUUGUGUGUGA